GUACGAUGUCAACGACUGUGAAGGUUUUACAUGGCUUCUGUUUUUGAUUAUUUCAUCUCGACAAUAUGGAUAAGCACAGAUUUUCUUUACUACUUCUUGAACCUGGAGAAGUAUAUUUCGAAGACUUCAGUGUUCAUCUUCAAGUUAAAUCAGAUGAUCACAAUUUAUCUGAAGUAGGCCGGUUGAAAAUCUGUUCUAAAUCACUUGUAUUUGACCCUCAAGAUCAUUUAAAGCCAAUCAUAAAAGUUUUAUUGAAAGAAUGUAAAGAAAUUAAGCACCAUGAAAGUGACAAAACCUCUAGUGUUCCUCAUAGACCUGGAUAUCUAACCAUUGUGCAAGGCUAUGUUCCUGAUUUUCAAAUAGGAGACGAAACCAAUACCAAUGUGCUCGAAGUAAUUUGUAAUCAGUAUGUAGAAAUAUUUGAGGGAAAUAUUUUAGCUCCAUAUAAGUUUAAGAAUAAUGAAAAAACAUUUCUUUUUUCAUUGAAUUAUGCUAACAUCAAAGACUGUUUACCUUUAGUGUGUCAACUCCAUAGAGCUUCUACUUUACCUGCUGCUGAACAAAAUCAGAUGGUUGCUGCAAUAGAACUUUCUCGUCAGUCUCUGGUGAAGUUUGACCCUUUAUGGCUUCAUGAUGUGGAUGAACGGAUUGUUUUAGAAAUGACUGGCCAUAAAAUAACACCUUUGGUUAUGAACCAUGGACGAAUUAUCCUUUCAACAACUACUUUAUAUUACCAACCAUUCAACAAGAUUGAACCAUACCAUAUUUUGAAAAUCAAUCUGAAAGACAUUAAGAAUAUAAUUAAACGGAGAUUUCUUUUGCAGCAUGUGGGUCUAGAGCUUCAAUGUGGAGAAAAUCAUCUGUACCUUUCAUUGAAAAAUAGAUCAAAACGUGAUGAGUUGUACGAAGCCCUUCUUGUUCAGCCUACAUUAAAUUUAGAUGAUUCUCAGCAGGAAAUAAUGGCACUUCAUUGGGUUAAUGGUUCUAUAUCAAAUUAUGAUUAUCUACUGUAUCUGAAUAGCCAAGCUGAUAGGACUUUUAAUGAUUUAACUCAAUAUCCCAUUUUUCCAUGGGUUGUUUCUGAUUAUACUUCUCCUAAGUUAGAUCUUGAUAAUCCAAGAUCAUUCCGUGAUUUGACAAAACCCAUCGGAGCGCUUAAUCUUGAAAGGUUUCAUAAAUUAAAGGAUAGAUAUGAAGAAAUGCCCGAACCUAAAUUUCUUUAUGGGUCUCAUUAUUCGGCUCCUGGCUUUGUUUUAUUUUAUCUUGUAAGGAAAUACCCUCAUUACAUGUUAUGUCUGCAGAAUGGACGAUUUGAUCAUCCUGAUCGAAUGUUUAACAGUGUUAGUGAUGUUUGGAGAAAUGUUCAGACAAAUAUGUCAGAUUUCAAGGAACUAGUUCCUGAAUUUUAUGACACUUCCUCUGGAGGAGAUUUUCUUGACAACUUAAAAGGAAUUCAGUUUGGUUAUAGGUGUGAUGGUACUAAAGUGAAUAAUGUUCAACUCCCACCAUGGGCUUCUGACAGAGAAGAUUUUGUUUUGAAACUGAGGGAAGCCCUUGAGUCGGACUACGUUUCUUCUAAUUUACAUAAUUGGAUUGAUCUCAUUUUUGGGUAUAAACAGCGAGGAGAAGAAGCUGAGAGAGCAAAUAAUGUAUUUUACUACCUUUGUUAUGAAGGAUCUGUUGAUCUUGAAAAUAUUAAAGACUGGAAUGAGAGACAUUCGAAAGAAGUUCAGAUCAUGGAAUUCGGCCAAGUUCCUAGACAAAUUUUUACUCAUCCACACCCAGCAAAAGUCAUUCACAGUAUACCACAGUCAUUAACUGGUCCUCAUGUUAAGUGGAAAAAUAUUGAUAGUAUCGAGGUUCGUGAGGAGUUACCCUGUCAUAAAGAAGGAAUAACAAGUGUAUGCUUAUCUAAUGAUGCAAGACUUGUUGCUUCAGUUGGUAGAGAUGGAAUUCUUAAGAUUCAUAACUGCCUUGCUGGAACUCGUGAAAGGAGUGUGUCUCUUGGAAAUCUUCCUUUGUCAUCUGUAUGUUUUCUUCCAGAAUCAUCUACUGCAAUUGCUGCUAGUUUUGAUGCUACUCUAAUAGUCUACGAUAUUGAAUGUGGUAGAGUAGUCGAUCAAGUGAGAGGCCAUGAGGAUGCUGUCUCUUGCCUAUGCUGGGCCCCUAGCUUGAGGCUUCUACUGUCUGGUUCUUGGGACUGCUGUGUAAGAGCAUGGAAAGUGAAGCUUCCUUAUGUUCCUCUUAAACCAGCUUCUUCCUUAAUAGCACAACUUGACCAUGAUGAUAAAAUUACUGCAUUGGCUGUUAACAGGUCAGAUACAUUAUUAGCAACUGGAACUUCAGAAGGAGAGGUAUUUCUUUGGUCUCUUAAUUCAUUCUCCAUUGUCAAAAACUUGCCUGGUCAUAAAGAGAGCGUCAGUUGUUUGCAAUUUAGUCCAGAUAGUACCAAACUUGUUUCCUGCAGUGAAGAUCAGAGCCUCAAAGUAUUUGAUCUUUGCACAGGCACAACUGUUUUUAGUAAAUGUCAUGUCGAAAAACUCAAAUGCUUGACCUGGGAUGGAACAACACUUCUAGUUGGCGGAGCACAAGGUAGUCUAUACCUUUGGGAUUUAAUUAAUGUUAUUCUUGUAAAGCAGUUUGAAGCUCAUCAAGGUGCUGUUCUAUCAAUUACUGCUGCUGAUGACGGAAGUGUCAUUGUAACUGGCGGAGAAGAUAAAAAAAUUAAAAUUUGGAGAUAACGAUUAAAGAUGCAGUGUUAUAUUUUGAUGGCUGUUUUAAAAGAUGUAAUGAUCUUUGAAAGUUAUUUAUAUUUAAUGUUAUCUAAUUUUUAUAUGACAAAUAUAAUUUAUGUAUGUUUAUGA